UUUCCUACUUUAGAAGUUAGAAAUGUAAUUUCCCGCAAAAUUUGCAGUCGCCCAUGUGAGACGUCACAUUACCGUCACGUGACGCAAUCUGCAUAAAAGAACAUCUGAUGUAAAUAUUUCAAGUUUGGCACAUAUAAUGAGCGUUAUAGAGCGUAAAAUAAAAGCAGUUUAAUUUAAUUGAACCGAUUUAACUGCAAUAUUAUUAUUUUUUCAAUUAAGAGAGCCUUAUACCACGUUUGAUUGUAAUUUACAUAACCUAAGACAGUAUAUAAGUAUUAUAUUUUACCUAUUAUAAUAAAUAUCACAAAAACAGGCUAAAAUUUUUACCAAGUUACAAGGGUUGUAUUAUUUAUUGUUUCAUUCAGUAUUAUUAAUUUUUUCACGUAAACCAUAUUUCUUGAUGUUUAUACCAAGUUAAAUAUCAUUGAGAUUUUUCUGAAGCAAUGUUUACAAAAUAGGUUAUUUUAAUGCUUUUAUUACUUGGUGGGUGAUAAUAAAAAUAAACAAUGAAUUUAGAACUUUUAGAAUCUUUUGGGCAAAACUAUCCCGAGGAUAAUGAUGGAACAUUAGAUUGUAUCUCUCUUGCUGUAACAUGUACAUUUAACAAGAGAGGUACUUUACUGGCUGUUGGUUGUAAUGAUGGAAGAAUUGUGAUUUGGGAUUUUUUAACAAGAGGCAUUGCAAAAAUUAUCAGUGCUCAUGUUCAUCCUGUAUGCUCAUUGAGUUGGUCUAGAAACGGUCACAAGUUGCUUAGCGCUUCAACUGAUAAUAAUGUGUGUAUAUGGGAUGUAUUGACUGGCGAAUGCGAACAAAAAUAUAGAUUUCCAUCUCCUAUUUUAAAAGUACAAUUUCAUCCAAGAAAUUGGACUAAAUUUUUGGUAUGUCCAAUGAGGCAUGCAGCUGUUAUGGUAGAUAUCCAAGGCACCCAUCAAGUUAUACCACUUGACCAAGAUAGUGAUUUGAACAUUGUUGCUUCGUUCAACAGACGUGGUGAUUACAUCUUUACAGGAAAUGGUAGAGGAAGAAUUCUAGUUUUGGAUGUAGAAUCGUGUACAGUUAAAGCAUCUUUCAAAAUAUCACAAGGAACUGCUAGUAAUACAGCUGUCAAGAGUAUCGAAUUUGCACGCCGUGGUUCAUGCUUCUUAGUAAAUACUGCUGACCGAGUUAUUCGAGUGUAUGAUAGUGCUGAAGUAUUAGCUUGUGGACAAGAUGGACAACCUGAACCCAUACAAAAGCUGCAAGAUCUUGUCAAUAAAACAACAUGGAAAAAAUGCUGUUUUUCUGGAGAUGGAGAAUAUGUUUGUGCUGGAUCUGCUAGACAGCAUGCUUUAUAUAUAUGGGAAAAAAGUGUAGGAAAUUUGCAAAAAAUUUUGCAUGGUACAAAGGGAGAACUAUUACUUGAUGUUGUGUGGCAUCCAGUUAGACCUAUUAUUGCUUCAAUAUCAUCUGGAGUAGUUUCAAUAUGGGCACAAAAUCAAGUAGAAAAUUGGUCAGCUUUUGCACCAGAUUUCAAAGAACUUGAUGAAAAUGUUGAAUAUGAAGAACGUGAAAGUGAAUUUGAUAUUAGUGAUGAAGAUAAAUCAGUUGUGCAAGGUGAGGAAGCUCAAGAUGAAGAAGUAGAAGUAGAUGUGGCAGCUAUUGAUAGAGUUGCAGCUUUCUGCAGUUCAGAUGAAGAAACUGAAGAUCCAGAAUCUUUACAGUUCAUACCUAUAUCGCCUGAAGUUGAAGAUGAUCAAGAAACUCAACCUGUAUCUCAUGAAAUACCUACGAAAAAACACAGAUUUCAUGAUAUUGAUUUGAAAGGAGCGCCAACUGACGUAACUCAUCCAUUGUUUAAUAAAGGAAAGGAUAAACCAGCUGCUAAAAAAGGAAGACCAAGAUUAGAACAUAGAAAAGGAAAAUAGGAUUAAAAUGUUUGCACCAUUGAAUGAAUAAAUUAACUGGUUUAGUUUAAAUCAAAUUUUAAGACUGACAUUUUUCUCUGUAUGAAAAAUGUAUACAUGAAAAAUAAAUUUUUAAAUUUAUAUCAAAUAUCUCAAUAAAAAAUGUUAUUUA